UUUAUCCGGAAUGAACUGCACCAUUUUUACAUAUGGACAAACUUGUAGUGGAAAGACGCAUACAAUGUACGGAUCCAAGGAAGACCAAGGUAUUAUACCUAGGACUUUUGAAUACUUAUUCAAAUGUAUAAAAGAUCAUCCAAAUUACAAAUACUCACUGGAAUACAUCGAAAUCUAUAACGAAGAGGUUUACGAUUUGCUAGCAGUAAAAACUAAGAAAUACAUACUACUCAAUAAAAUAAAUAAAAACAUAACAUUAAAUAACAAAGUAAAAUACAGCAUUCAACAAAAUGGAGAUCUUGAAUAUAAAAAUCUAAAUAAUACUCCAAUUAUUAAUGUUAGUGAUGCUUUACAACAUAUCGAAUCGGGCAACUUGAGAAAAAAGAUUUCCUCCACCACUAUGAAUCUACAAUCAAGCCGGUCCCACUGUAUAUGUAUUGUCACUUUGUCAAAAAUGAAAGGCGGCCCUGUAACAAAACUAAAUUUGGUUGAUCUGGCUGGGUCUGAACGUAUUUCAAAUUCCGAAAAUAACGAAAAGACGUUGAUCGAAUCUCGAUUUAUAAAUUCAUCGUUACAUCAUCUAAAUCAUGUUAUAAAUGUAUUAGCAAAUCCUAAAAAACACGUGCCUUAUCGUAAUUCAACAAUAACAUCUGUACUCAAAGGUUCACUAGGUACUGAAUGUGCUACCGCAAUGAUCGCCACUGUAGUAUUAAAUCAACAAUGCAUUGGAGAGUCGAUGUCUACUUGUCGGUUUUCUAAAGCAGUGUCAGCAAUAAAACAAUCCAUAAAAGAUACCCCAAAAACUAAAUCUCCAAGUAAAUUAUUAUUACUCAGAGAUAAGGUGAAAAUGUUAGAAAUACAAAAGUUAACCUGGGAAAUAGAAAAAGAAGUUUUAAUAAAAAAACACAACGAGUUGGUUAACAUUUUAUCAAAUGAAAAAGAAAAGGAGCAAGAAAGAUCGUCUGAGGAUUUUUUGUGCAAAAUGAUAGAAAACCAGAUUGACUUAGAAAAUAAAAAGACAAAUACCAAAAUCAACGAAGAUUUGAUGAAUACGUCAAUUGAGAACCACGAAGAGUUAAAAGUCGAUGGAAUCAAUGCGAACGUAGCACGUGACGUUCAUGACGGUCGACCCGAACGGGAUGACUAUGCUAUGGGAGACUGUAUGGUCAAAAUUUCGGCGGUUGAUGUGAAGUCACCACCCGUUAAAGAAUUUGGCGAUGGAACUAAUGAUAAUCUGAAGAUGACCAAGGUUGAUGGAAUAGUUGAGAACUUAACAAGUGACCUGAGCGGAAAUGAACUUAGACCGAAUUUUAAAACCGUGGACGGCAAUAACAACGUCUCGGCGGUCCACGUUAUGGCACCAUGCGUUGUGCAUCGUGGUGUCGAAACUGAUGAUAACACAAUUACCCAGUCGGAAACUAUAGAUAAUAAUAUGGUUAUGAUAUUAGAAAAUUCAGAAAUCUAUAGAUUGGCGAACGUUUUUCUUAAACACUGUAAACUAAUUGUUUUAAUUAUAAUAAUAAUUUCGAUGUUCAAACCGCAACGUUUGAUAUGGAACAAACAAUUAGACGCUGAUACUGUAAACGAUAACAGUGCCAUUUUCAAUACUCUAAAGUAUCUAAAACCAGGAUUAAGUAUGGAUAGUAUUAUGCCUGAAUGGUUAAAAUCUCAUUUGUAUCCGGUGCAAUUAUGCCCAGAUGGCGGUAGUCUUCAAACUCACUGUUGCUGUGGCCAAUGUUUAUGGAUCUGUAUUAAGCCGAUCAACGACAGAACUAAUGAAAAAAUGAUAAGUAGCUUUUGCAAUUGCCAACAAGCGCCAUCUGUUAUGGAGUUUUCCAAUACAGAAAGUGAUUACCGACUGAUUAAGGGUCUAACUUGGUUAAACAAAAUGUUUGAAGAAUACUUGACGUUAGAAAAUUCGGCACUCAAAAGAGGGAUUUAUUUGCUCAGCUAUGCCUUUGUUAUAAUCGUAAUGGUAAUGGUGCUGUUCAAACUGUUCCGUUUGAAGUUGAUCAAUAAAUCAUACUCUUACAACGUGAACCUUGACAGUUCAAAUAUAAACACUCAAAACACCACACAACCAAAUUCAAUUAUGGUACAUGUUGUGUCUGAUCAGUUAUCAACUCGUCAAGUUCUUCUGGAGCAAAACACAGAUGAACCACUUCAACAUCCUCGUUUUAUUAUAAAAGUUAAUAGUGACAAAAAACCAGUCACAGAAAAUAACAAUAGCAAUUCGCAAAAUGGCUUGAAGCGAUAUGGUUUUCGGCGAUGGUUAUAGAGAGUAAAUUUGUAUAACGGUAACUUAAUUGGCUAUGGUAAGUGACAUCUCCCAUUUACCUCUAUACAUAAUGCAACGUAUUAUCUAAUUCCGGGAUUUACACAAGUAAUUCUAUAUACUUUAUUUUAAUUUAUAUUUUUACUAGUGAUCACUAUAAAACAUUAAUAUAUUUUUAUAAGUCCAAGAUUAUGGAAAAUCUAUUCCAAA